AAACGAGAACAAACUUUUCCCGGUCAUUUUACACAGCUAAAGUGGUUUAGUAUUUUCUCUUAUUUAGACACCAACACAUUAAAGAACACGUCUACAACCUGUAAAAACCAUCCCAGCGAGGAAAGUCUUGAGGUUAGCGAGCUAUUUAUUGGCACGCUCUUGCUUAGCCGCCCAUAGUUAGCGAUUAUAGCGUAACGUUAACCGGCUGGCCAGGUAUCAACAUAGCCAGUCAGUGCACUUGUUGGUGAUACGUGGAUUCAACUUGGAAGAUACUUUCAUGUUUUAGAUUUCAACAUGUCCUUGAGUGCAGUCCACUCCACACUGUCUAGUCUGAAAACAUGUCAGACAGAUAUUGGAACGGGGAUGGACAUUGUGACCGACGUUGCUCUGGACGUGGCAGAAACAGCAGGAACUGAGAAUGAUGCAGUCCUGAAGAAGCUGGAGGUGAUGAUGCUGGAGUGUGCCAAACUGGACCAGGAGAUCGACUGCUUCGUUGAGGUGGUGAACUGUGUCACUGCAGAGGUGAGGAACCAGGAGCCCGAGGCCAUGUUCAGACUGAAGUCUCUGGUGAAGGAGAAGUUCACUGAGACACACGGCAGUCUGUCUGAGGGAGAGCUACAGAACCACGUCAAGCUGGUCAGCUUUAAGGAGAACGUCAGAAACGCACUCAAAACAGUGAACCCUGAGGCAGCAGAGAAUAUGGAGGAGGAGAUGGAUGAGGACGUUGCUGUGACGCAGAGUGAGGUUAACUUCACCUGUCCCCUGACUCAGGUGGAGAUGGUGAACCCAAUGAAGAACAAGAAGUGUAACCAUCACUACGACCGGGAUGCCAUUAUGGGGAUGAUCAAGGCCAGGCAAAACCAGAAGAAGAAGUUACGCUGUCCAGUGGUUGGCUGUAGCAACACGGACGUGAAGCAAGGAGAUCUGAUCCUAGAUCAGAUGAUGAAGAGACAGAUCCAGAAGAGGUAGACUACCAAGGCAUGAUUCUGGUCCAGAAGAGGUAGACUACCAAGGCAUAAUUCUGAUCCAGAAGAGGUAGACUACCAAGGCACUAUUCUGGGGUACGCCAACUCAUCAAACCUGACAAUAAUAAUUAGACUUUUAUUUAAUUGAGGAAAAAAACAUGACUUGUUGUUGUUGUUGUUGUGACCAAAUGUUAUCUUGUCUGAUCGUAUUUGUUCGUCACAGAAUUGCACUAUUCUGAAGUUUCAUAUAACAAAACCUCUCUUUAUUUAUACAUAAGGGAUUCAUAUUUUAUAGUCAGUCCAAUAAAGGUUUAUUGGGGGGCAGGUAGCCUAGUGAUUACAGCAUUGGGCCAGUAACCGAAAGGUUGCUAGAACGAAUCCCUAAAAAAAAAAUCUGUCAUUCUGCCCCUGAACAAGGCAGCUAACCCACUGUUCCCUGGUAGGCUGUCAUUGUAAAUAAUAAUUUGUUCUUAACUGACUUGCCUAGUUAAAUAAAAAAAAUAAAAAAACA